AUGCAGUGCCACCCCUUGCAGGCCCCCGCGCCGCAGCUCCGGCCCGUGCUGACCACGCCGCUACAGGCCGCUGCUAUUGCUGCUGGCCCCUUGACGGCCACGUCGCAGCCUCCUCCGCCGUCGGCCGCUUCCGGCGAGAGGGGCGCCCCCGUCGACGACAUGCUGUGCCGCUACCGCAACAAGAAGUGCGGCUACCCGCGCGCCAUCAAGCGCAACGGCGAGCGCCACAACCUGUGCGAGCGCCACCGCGCCAAGGCCAACCAGAACCAGCGCAAGCUCGAGAGCAAGCGGCGCACGCAGAAGCGCAUGCUGCAGCAGCGCGUGGCGGCCGUGGACCGCGUCGUCAAGGCCAAGAAGGUCGCUGCGUCGGUCGAGACGGACGUCGCCUUCACGAUCUACGGCGGCGCCGUCGCAUGA